AUGGCACCAGUAUUAUUAACUGAAGAACAAAGAAAAACUUUAAUCCCAAAAGACUGGAGUAUGGUCGAAGGCAGAGAUGCUAUCAAGAGAACUUUUAUGUUUAAAGAUUUCAAUCAAGCUUUUGGUUUUAUGACAAGAGUUGCCCUUGUUGCUGAACAAAUGUGUCACCACCCAGAAUGGUUUAAUGUUUAUAAUAAAGUUGAAGUUGUCCUUGCUACCCAUGAUUGCGGUGGCUUAUCUACCAAUGAUACCACUAUGGCCACUACUAUGGAUAAAUUCUUUGAUGAACAAAAACAAAACUAA